UGUGGGCUUCAGAAUUCAUUGUGCUGCUACGAGUGUCAACCACACACAUACAGAUACACCCAUGACACACCAUGUGCCACCAUUCUGCGUGUAUGUGUGUGUGUGUGUGAUCGGCAUAUCCCAUAUGCCCGCAGGCGGUCCCGGGCACUGAGCUGUAAUCAAAGCAGGCACACAGGUCGAACUUUAUUAGCAGCCACUCGAUAGCCGCGGCUAACAAGGACAACCGGCAGCGCGCCGAUACGGCAGAGAGAGAGCGGGAAACGUCGGCGAGGUCUUGUCGGGGAGCGGAGAGCCUCCCGUGGGCCUGAGGAGGCAGCCCCAAUUGACACUUUUUUUCCAUGACCUUUUGAAUCAAGUUGCGGUGAAGGAGUUGAUGAGGUGGACAUUUGCGCAAGGUAAGGCCGUUCUUCCCUUUGACAUCCCGCAUGGCUGAGAAAGACAAAAGCUUGAUUGGUAAUGGAGAGCAAUCAGAAACUCAGCUUUAUCUUAUUAGAAGAAGUCACUUGACACAAGGACGCACGUUCCUUUGAUUGAAAUUGAAUUUACUUUUCGCUCCGACGACCCCCCCCACCCCCCCAUCCCAUUAAAAAGUAAUCCAAAUUUCAAAGCAUGGAUCCUCUGCAUGGCUGCACAAUGUCUUCUCAUGAGCAUCAAUCAGCAUCUACCUAUAAAUAUUGCAGCGAUGUGAUUGCGCACUCAGUGCGGUGAUCAAAUGAAAAGUGGCGAUGUGAACGUUUUCUAGGCCAAUCAAUCACCGGCAAAUGCUUCCCCCCUCACUGUGCCAACUUUCUGAUGCUGGAAUAAGUAGAUAUUAUUCACCAUCUUUUGUGCUACAAGGUACCCGCCAUCUCUCGUGGACUUUGGCAAAUUGCUUCGACUAAUAAUAAACCCAAAGUCACGGAACCCCCCCACCCCACCUCCCCCAGGUCCAGGUGCUAACUAACCUUCAGUUAUCGUUUCUUCAUAGCUUUUCAGCCUAUUUGCAUCUGUUGACCGAAGAACCAAAAGCCAUCUUGAGAACAUCUCCCCGAGCAGGACUUUUUCGCAGAGCCCCAAAAGAAUCCACUUUCUCGUUGGCGGUCCCCGCCAUGGGCAAGACCGGACAGAGUACGGUGGACUUAAACUCCCCGAGUGACAUCAGGCAAGCGGUUCCCUUUGAGCAAAUGGCGCACGCGGCGCCCCCUGCGGACCGAGACGAGCCAAAAGAGGAGCCGCCCGACCGAGGCAGCUGGAAAGGCAAGUUUGACUUCCUGCUGUCGUGCGUCGGGUACGCCAUCGGCUUGGGGAAUGUCUGGAGGUUCCCAUAUUUGUGCGGCAAGAAUGGCGGAGGUGCUUUCUUGAUCCCGUACUUUUUGACGCUGGCGUUUGCCGGGAUUCCACUCUUCUUACUGGAGACGGCUCUCGGACAAUUCACCUCGGUGGGAGGGCUGGGAGUGUGGAAGCUCAUGCCGAUGAUGAAGGGUGUCGGUCUGGCCGCCGUGGUGCUCUCCUUCUGGCUCAACAUUUACUACAUCAUCAUCAUAGCCUGGGCCCUCUACUAUUUGUUCAACUCCUUUGGGUCGGAGCUGCCCUGGCAAAACUGUGACAAUCCCUGGAACACGGCGAAGUGUUUCUGCAACUACAGCCUGACGGACACCACCAACCUGACCAGUGCUGUCACAGAGUUCUGGGAGCGUAACAUGCACCAGUUAUCCAGCGGUCUGGAGGAGCCCGGGGAGCUCCGUUGGCCCCUGGUGGGCACCCUGGCGCUCGCUUGGGUUCUGGUCUAUUUCUCAAUCUGGAAAGGAGUGGAGUGGACGGGGAAGGUGGUGUAUUUUUCGGCGACCUAUCCCUACUUUAUGCUCUUCAUCCUGUUCUUCCGCGGGGUCACCCUCCCGGGAGCCAUCGACGGAAUCCGUUUCUACAUCACCCCGGACUUCAAGAAGCUCAUCAGCUCUGAGGUGUGGCUAGACGCCGCCACCCAAAUCUUCUUCUCCUACGGCCUAGGCCUGGGCUCGCUCAUCGCACUGGGUAGCUACAACAGCUACAACAACGACGUCUACAAGGACUCCAUCAUCGUGUGCUGCAUCAACUCCUGCACCAGCAUGUUCGCCGGCUUUGUCAUCUUCUCCAUCGUGGGCUUCAUGUCGCACAUCACAAAGAAACCUGUUCAGGAGCUGGCUGCUUCGGGUCCUGGCUUGGCGUUCUUGGCGUACCCACAGGCGGUCACGCAGCUGCCCAUGUCAUCUCUGUGGGCCAUCCUGUUCUUCUCCAUGCUCAUGAUGCUGGGAUUGGACAGCCAGUUCUGCACGGUGGAAGGCUUCAUCACAGCUCUGAUGGAUGAGUAUCCCUUAUUGCUGAGGAAGCGGAAGAAGGUGUUCAUCUUGGUGGUCUGUUUCGUGUCCUUCAUCAUCGGGUUCUCCAACAUCACACAGGGUGGCCUGUACGUGUUCAAGCUGUUUGACUAUUACUCAGCCAGCGGAAUGUGCCUCCUCUACCUCGUCUUCUUUGAGACCGUGUCCAUCGCCUGGCUUUACGGCGCCGAGAGUUUCUACGACGACAUCGAGGACAUGAUUGGCUACCGACCCUGCGUUUGGUGGAAGCUGUGUUGGAAGUUUUUCACGCCGCUCAUCUGCCUGGGUGUGUUUACCUUCAGUGCAGUGGAGAUGACGCCGCUGACUCUGGGCAAGUACGUGUACCCUGUGUGGGGCCAAACCAUUGGCUGGUUCAUGGCCUUGUCGUCCAUGGUCCUCAUCCCGGGCUACGUGGUCUACAUGCUGUUCACCACGCCGGGAUGCAUCGAGGAGCGCUGGAAGAGGAUGACGACGUCGCAGCAGGAAGUCAAGCCACCGGGUCACGACGUUUUUACGCACACUGGGAAUGUUGGUGAAGCCCUCGUCUAGCCCACCCUUCUGUCAU